AUGUUGCGAGCUUUGCAUGGUGCCUCGCGAGCAAUUUGUUUCACUAUAAUACUGGUCCUUCUUGUCCUUCAGACGAGGAACAUAUUAUGCGAUCGAUUUCAAACAAUGAGGGUUGAUCGCGAGGAUCCCAAUCACUGUAGAAGCAAAGAUUUGGUGGAUUGGUCCCGUUUUGCAUACUCGCAAUAUGCCACCAACACUGCUUACCUGUGCAACUCUGUCAUGAUUUUCGAGACCUUACAUCGUUUAAACAGCAGGGCUGAUCGUUUCCUGAUUUACCCGUCCAGGUUUUCGGCCGACGAGAAUGAUGACGGGGCAGAGAGUCGAUUACUUCGUCAGGCCCGCGAUGAAUACAAUGUGAAGCUAGUGCCCACACAUAUCCAAAGAAGACACGGAGGAGACCCCACCUGGUCGGAAAGCUUCACGAAACUUCUAGCUUUCAAUCAAACACAAUACGACCGAGUUCUAAGCUUAGAUUCGGAUGUGACUAUGCUACAACAUAUGGACGAACUAUUAUUCCUGCCUUCGUGCCCGCUGGCCCUACCUCGAGCAUACUGGCUAGAUCCCGAUCACCGCAUCAUGACCAGCUAUCUCAUGUUGAUUGAGCCGUCGACAGUUGAAUUUGACCGCAUCGUCGCUACCAUUGAAUCCUCGAAUCCAUCAGACUACGAUAUGGAAAUCGUGAAUACUAUCUACAGAGACCACGCCCUCAUCCUCCCCCAUCGACCCUAUACCUUGCUGACAGGAGAGUUCCGCGAGACUAUUCAUACCAGAUACCUUGGGAACUCACGGGAAGUCUGGAGUCCUCAGAAGGCUCUGAUGGAAGCAAAGACCGUCCAUUUCUCUGAUUGGCCAGUUCCAAAACCUUGGGUUGAUUUCCCUUCGAAUGCUAUGAAUGAGCAUAAGCCUUCUUGUCGUUUGAAUGCAACGAGUGGCCAAGUGGACGACUGUCGUGACCGUGACCUUUGGCUUGGAAUCUACCAUGAUUUCCACAUCAGAAGACAGAAUAUCUGCGGUGAGAUCUAG